AUGGAUGGCGUGGAGAGGAUGGAGACGACGACGACCACCGACGCCUCGCCCGCGCGCUCCGUGGCGUCCGCGACGUCGAGCAGACUGCUGCGCAUGCUCGGUGAAGACGACGAUUACGAAAUCGUCGCGGAGUUUCGAUGCGCGGAGACGGGCACGCUGUGGGUCAUGCGCGAGGACGCGCGCUCGGGACGGAGACAUUAUUACGACGCGAAGACGAACACGCGAGAGGAGAAACGACGCGAGACGUGGAUGCUCGAACGACGGGUCGUCGAUGAGUUCGCAAAGGAAUCGGAUAUGGAUGAAAACGGCGCGUCGGCGCCGAGACCGCGGGGAUGGGACGACGACGCGCGCGCGGAUUCGGACGACGGCGGCGAGGAGGAAAAGUUCGUGAGCGCGUCGACGGGGCACAAGUACACGCGAUACCGGGACGAGGACAGAGAUGCGUAUUAUUACUUUAAUCACGAUACGGGUGAGACGUCGUGGGAGCAUCCGGACGGGGACGGCGCGGAGUUGCUGCAGUUCGCGGGUCUCGGCGCCGUCGUCGCGGCGACGGCGCCCGUCGCGGCGCCCGUCGCGGCGGAGGCGCCGAGGCGAGAGAUCACGCGCGAGGAGUACAUCGAGGCCAAACUGCAAAAGAUGAUGCUCGUUGAGAUGAAGUGGAUGGAGAAACAGCCCCCGGUCGCGGCGGUGCCGGAGAGACCCGACGGUUUCGAAGGCGUGUACGGCGCGCGCGAUCAGUUUUGGGAUCCCGACGCGGAUACGUACUCGGUCGAUAACAACGAGGGGAGCGAGCGCGGGGACGACGCGCACGCGGACGCGCACGCGGCGAUCGAUGACCUCGACCGGUUCACGUCGGCGGUGGACAUGGCGACGCCGGAGGACAUGCGGCCGCGCAACGCGGCCAAGGCGUUUUUGGAUGAUUUGUUGACGCGCGUGUACGAGAAAAUGGAGGAAGAGGAGGACUUUGCGUACGCGCAGACGCGCGCGAACGCGAAAGUCGCCGAGUACAAAAAGAAGGGAAAAAUUGUCGGCGUGCGGCGGCUCAAUGUAGAGGAACUUCCGGAGAUUUCCUCGGAUUUCGCGUUUGAAAAGACGCGCGCGGAGGAGGCGGAGAAGCGCGUCUCGGCGCGAUUGGCGUUCAACGAAAGCGCGGAGGCGCGCGAGAGCGGUCUCGCGCCGCGUCUCAUCGCCCCCGUGGAUGGGCAUUACACCAAGCGGACGACGCUGAUUAAAGUCGACAGCGGCCACGACGCGGCGACGCUCUGGAAUCCGAGGCGAAGCGGAUACCUCGGCGGUUCGUACCGCGACGACGACAAAGACGACGACAAAGACGACGACAAAGACGGCGCGGGCGUCUCGGCGCGACCGCGCGAGAGGGAAAAUAUCAACGUCGACCGUGGUCCCGCCGCCACGGACGCCUCGGACGCCGGCGCGGCGCCGCGUCGCGCGAACGCCGCCGA